AAAAUAAAAUAAAAAAACCCGAUAUUAUUCACACAUCCUAAAAAGUCUCCUCUCGAAACUUCCAACCAUUCUCAUCAGCCGAUCAAAUGGUGCACCCACCGCCGUCUCCGUCGUCUUCCACCGCCCAAUUCACCCAACAAUUCCUCUCCUCCGUCCUCUCCCAGCGCGGCCCCUCCUCCCUCCCCUACUCCGAAGACGUCAAAUGGCUCAUCCGCCAACACCUCCUCUCUUUAUCCGAAUCCUUCCCCUCUCUCCACCCCAAAACCGCCACUUUCACCCACAACGACGGCCGCACCGUCAACCUCCUCCAGUCCGACGGCACCGUCCCCAUGCUCUUCCACAACGUCACCUACAACAUCCCCGUCGUCAUCUGGCUCAUGGAGACCUACCCCCGCCACCCGCCUCUCGUCUUCGUGAAUCCCACGCGCGAUAUGGUUAUUAAGCGUCAACACUCCUUUGUUAACCCCUCUGGGUUAGUUUCCAUCCCUUAUUUGCAGAAUUGGGUUUAUCCUAGCUCUAAUUUGGUUGAUUUAGCUCGUAAUUUGAGUCAUUAUUUUGGUGUUGAUCCCCCUUUGUACUCCCAACGUAGACCAAACCCUAACCCUAACCCUAGUUUUAAUAAUAGUAGUAAUAAUACUUCAGUUUCAUCGGUUUCGGCUUCUGGGUUGAACUCGUCUUCUUCUAUACGGCCUGCGAUUCCGCCGAGGACUUAUCCGCCUUCGCCGUAUGGCAGCGGGCGGAUUUCGUCACCCUCUCCGACCCCGUCGCCUCCACCGGGAGUGGCGGGAGGGGUUACGGAGGAUCCGAAUGAGGUUUAUAGGCGGAAUGCGAUUAAUAAACUGGUGGAAAAUGUGCAUACUGAUGUAGAGGAGUUGAGGAAGAAGAGGGAAGUGGAAAUGGAAGGGAUGUUUACGGCUCAAGCGGUGUUACGUCAGCGGGAAGAGGAGAUUUCGAAAGGUUUGAGGGAGAUGCAGUAUGAGAAGGAGGCGUUAGAGCAGCAGUUGCAGAUGGUGUUGAUGAAUACGGAUUUGUUGGAAGGGUGGGUGAGGGAGAAUGAGGGGAAGUUAGGGGGUGAUGUGGGGAGUGUUAACGCGGAUGAAGCGUUUGAGCCGUUGGAUUCGUUGUCGAAACAGAUGUUGGAGUCGACUUCGUCGGAUCUUGCUAUAGAGGACGCGAUUUAUGCGAUGGAUAAAGCUGUGCAACAUGGGUCGAUACCGUUUGAUCUUUAUUUGAGGAAUGUGAGAUUGUUGUCGCGUGAACAGUUUUUUCAUCGUGCAACAUCUGCUAAAGUCAGGGCUGCGCAGAUGCACGCCCAAGUUACCAGCAUGGCUUCCAGAGCACCUCCGUAUGCUGUUUGACUAGUCAAUUAGUCGUCUGCCUUCUUGUGUUUGGAUGCCACUGCAAAUAUAUCCUUUGAAGAUCGAUUAGAACGGCUGGGGGUGUAAGUUCAAGGUUUAGGUUUGUUUUGUGUGGUUCAUUUCAUUGAUGGUGGUUUCUAUUUACAUAUAAACAAGUGGUACAUUGUGUUGAUAAACAAAUAUAUCUUUCCAUGUAUAACCUUUGUUACAUGACCUUCAAACCAUAAUCGUCAUAAUUUUUUCUCCUAUUAUUUAAUCAAGGUUUCUUCUUAAA